CCCAUCUGGUACCUGUGUUUUGAAAUUGGGAAAAAACUGAUAUCUAAACCGAGUCAAAAGGGAGUAAGCUCUUAGACAUUUCACCAAGCAUGUAGAGUGCAAACUUAAAGCAAAUUGAAAAUAGCAUCAGAAAUCACGCAAAGAAACAAAAUAAUAAAUCCAUAAAAACUCCAACACAUUUAUUAGAUCUCAAUUGUUGUCAAUAGAAACAUGAGAGAAAAACGAUUGAAUUUCUUGUUACUUGGGUUCGCGACAUGGGUUCUAGUUUGAAGCUUUAGUUUGCGUUGUGGAUUAUGGUUCAGGUUUGAUCUUGAUCGGUUUAUCGAUUUCGGAUCCUGGGUUUGCUGUUGUUGUGCGACAGUAUAGGUUUGGGUUCUGUGUUGGAUUUCUUAUUCGAUUUGUAUUCUACCUUCGACAAUAUUUGGUUUGCUGUUUCAACAACAUUUGAUCCGUUUGGGUGGCAUCUUGUUGUAUCUGUGUUUUAGAUUUCGAAGUUGCUAGCUAUGUCUUCUCCGGCAAAUGCAAUGCAAUUCGUCUGCCCUUGGCCUUGCUUGGUAGUACCUACACCAAAGUCUGUCUCAACUCGCAGUUUUGCGCAGACAAUGGUUGCAUCACAAUCGAAGGUUUCCAAGAUGUUUGCUCAAGCCUUGUCUAACUCGUGCAAUAUUCCUGCAUCGCAGCUGCCUAAACCGUGUUUCAAAGUUUUCAAUGAAAGAGAGAGACUCAUGACACUGCAGUGUAGAUUCUCAAUAGAUGAUGCGAAAUAUGAUGAUGAUGAUGGUCGCAUAAAUCGAACAGGAACGUUGUUAAUUGUGGGUGCAACCAUAGUAAUGGUUGUAAUAGGAUCUGGAGUGUUGUCAUUGACAUUGGCUAUUGCUCAAUCGCGCUGGAUUAAAGAUAAGAAAGGGAGGAAACAUACAAAGAGUACAAGUACAAGAAGUAUUACGGUCCAAGACCAUCACAAAACAAAAAUAAAACAACCAAAAGCAAAGACAAAAAGCAACAUGGAAAAGACAACAAGCCAAGAACAGCCCAACUCCGGCACUUAUGUCGAGCCACAAUAUUCGGGAUCAAGAAUAAAAGGAGACACUAUUACUUUGGAUUUCGUAAAGAAAAUGAUGAAUGAUUUCAAGGAACAGAAGUACUUGGAUAGAGGGUAUGCAUCCAAGAUUUUGUUGCAAACAAAAAAGAUUUUGAAAGCUUUGCCUUCUCUUGUCGACAUAACUGUUCCUCAUGGAAAACAUGUUACUGUUUGUGGCGAUGUGCAUGGUCAGUUCUAUGAUCUUUUGAAUAUUUUUGAGCUCAAUGGGAUUCCUUCAGAAGAAAAUCCAUAUCUAUUUAAUGGUGACUUUGUAGAUAGAGGAUCAUUUUCAGUGGAAGUCGCAUUUACUUUGUUUGCAUUUAAGUGCAUGUCUCCAUCUGCCAUGUAUAUAGCUAGAGGAAAUCAUGAGAGCAAGAGCAUGAACAAGAUAUUUGGUUUUGAGGGUGAGGUGCGCGCAAAGUUGAAUGACAAAUUUGUCAAAAUGUUUGCGGAAGUAUUCAACUGUUUACCUUUGGCUCAUGUGAUAAACAAAAAAGUUUUCGUCGUCCAUGGAGGUCUUUUUAGUGUUGAUGGGGUCAAACUCUCUCAAAUCCGAUCAAUUAAUCGGUUUUGUGAGCCUCCUGAUGAAGGGUUGAUGCAUGACUUGCUAUGGAGUGAUCCACAACCUCUCCCUGGAAGAGGACCAAGUAAGCGUGGCAAUAGAUGCUUUUGUUUUGGUGAGGAUGUUACAAAAAGGUUCUUGAAGGAUAAUAAUUUAGAUUUAGUUGUGAGAUCUCAUAAAUCAAUGCACAAGGGUUAUGAGAUUCAACAUGACGGUAAACUCAUAACUGUAUUUUCUGCUCCAAAUUACUGUGAUAAGAAGGGUAACAAAGGUGCCUUUAUUCGAUUUGAAGCACCUGAUUUGAAACCUAACAUUAUUACAUUUGAAGCAGUGGGUGUGGGAGAUUAGAGACAUGAAAAGGAAGGGAAACUAAGAAGUGAAUGCCAAAGUCGAACAACCCUACUUCUACUGGGAUCAUCCCUUAUAAUUUCAGGUGUUGAAUUCUGUGUUUCAAAAUUCAUUGAAAUCAUGUUAGUGGUCCAUCACUAUCAUUAGCUUUCAGGAUUCACAAAUUUUGUGACCACUGGUUUGGAAUAUAGUGCUGCCAUUAUAAAAAUGGAUCCAUUAGAAUAUUCACUCCUAAAUUGGAUAUCAUUUUAAAUUGUGUUACAGUUAUAAAACUAUGUCCUUGGGUUGUAGUGAUGAUCAGUGAUAAGACAACUGCAACAAUUAUGAUUCCAUGAUAAAGAUGUC